AUGGCCAACAAACGUUAUGCAGUAAAGGAUGACAAGGCUAUUCGUGCCAUCAGCCGUGUGUUAGUUGAACAAUUGGAUUUGGUAAAAGUGGAUUUAAAUGAGUUUCACGCACUGGAAUCUGAGAAAGAUUUUUGGGAUAGAGAGCUAAUCUUGGAGCGUCUCUUUCAAGCUGGACCAGUCGAGGCCACUUCGGAUUUAGAGACAUUGCGGACGAAGCUAAGCCCAGAUCAAAUCGACCGACUGAUCACGCAGUAUAAUAAGAAGAUGGAAGGGAAGAACUGGGACGACCAAUUCUCUCUUCUCACUGGCAAAUCGGCAGCUCAUGCCAAAAAAUAUAUGGUAUCACAAACAGACGAAGAGGCUAAGCUGCUAAAUGCUUGGAUGACUGAAUUUACUAGCGAAACCGGGCAUCAUUUCGACAUACCUAGCAUUCUUCGACCCGAAUAA